CAGACGCUGAGGUAGUUACUGCGUGAAAGCAGUCGGUUGCACUAGAUCGAUCGUCUGAUUGCUGUAAAGAUGGCAGAGAAAAACAUAGAGUAUUUCAAAUCACCGGAAGAGAAAACUAAAUUGGAAGCUGCAAGAGAAUUCAUCUGGAACCCCAGAACCCGACAGUUUUGUGGAAGAACAGGAAGUAGUUGGGCCAAAAUUACAAUUUUUUACAUCAUUUACUAUGCCUGCCUGGUUGCUUUUUGGACAGUAAUGUUGAUGGUAUUUUAUGUAACUGUGGAUUACCAUCAACCAAAAUGGAAACUUGAUUCAGGCAGAAUUGGAAAUAGUCCAGGUGUAGGUUUCAGGCCAUUACCACCUGAAGAAAAUGUGGACAGUACUCUUAUUUGGUUUCGUCAUGGUAGUUCAAACCAGUGGGAAUAUUGGGUUGAUUCUCUUAACGAGUUUUUAGGAGAGUAUCAAGGAGGACAGCAACAUGGAGAACAUUUAACUACGUGUACUUUUGAAGAGACUCGAAAACCUGAUGAAGUUUGUCACUUUAAUUUGGACAAAAUUAACAAUAAUUGUAGCUACUCACGAAAAUUUGGAUAUGAUGUAGGUCGUCCAUGUGUUCUGAUAAAAAUUAAUCGGAUCUAUAAUUGGAAACCAGAACCUUAUGACAACAAAAGUUUACCAGACAGUAUGCCAGAAAACCUGAAAAAGAAGUAUGAUCCUAGAUAUGUGUAUAUUACUUGUGAAGGCGAGAACCCAGCUGACAAAGAAAAUAUUGGACCUAUUAGCUAUUAUCCAUCCCAAGGCAUUCCAAACUAUUACUUCCCUUUCACCAACCAACCAGGUUAUCUGUCUCCUUUUGUUUUUGUUCAUUUUCGGGACCCUACCUCAGGUGUACUGAUGAACAUAGAGUGCAAAGCUUGGGCUGCUAAUAUCAAGCAUGAUAGGAAGGAACGGUUGGGAAGUGUUCACUUUGAACUGCUUGUGGAUUAACUUCAGUUCCUUCAUAAUUAUGUAGCAUAGCCAUUUUAUUCGGAGAUCCUUGCAUAACCUGAGGAGUUAUUGUUUAUUUUUGGACUUUUCAGUUGACUUUUGCAGUCACUGCUUGAUUUUGUAUUUGUAUUUUAAUUUCAAAGCUUCCCUCUACAAGGGAGUUGGUAAAGGCUACCCUCCAUUUAUUCAGAAAUCAUCUAGAGCAACCAAGACAAUUUCUUAAGUUGGGAAUUCCUGUUGCCUGGCUAAAGGAAGAACAACUGCAGUAUACAGAAUGUUGAUAUAGUAUAAUUCUUCAAGGAAGGAAAACAAAAAUGCAACUUCCUCCUAAAAAAAAACAGUAUUGCAAGUUUUAUCUGAAGCUAUAGUCAUGUCUUUCUUCAUAAAAAAUAUUUGUUCUUAACUGGUAUUGUGUUUCUACUUUGAAGCACAUUUUGCAUCAAUACAUUUUAGCACUAUUAAAUGAGGUUAUUUUGAUAACUUAUUUAGGGUGGAGUCAAUAUAUUAAUUACCUGAAAAAUCAUUUCAUGCCUAAAUCAAUGCAGUUCAACUGUCUGCAUGUCAAGACAAAUUAAAAAUACAGUUUGCUUAGUAGUUUAUUAGAAUUAUGAUUGUAGUAUUAGAGUGGUAUUUAUGUAGGUACAACAGUUGUCAUUUGUAAUAAAUAGAUAAGAGUGGAAUGACAACCUUCUGAUCUUAAAAAACAUAUUUGUGUAUGGCUUAGAAAUAAUCUCUUCUUUUUUUAAAUCUAGCACAGAACACUAAGUAAUUGUUUUUCACUUCUGCAUGUUGCUCAUACAUAAUCUUGUAGUAAAAAAACACAUUGUUCCAACAAUACCUUGCAUAACUAACUAUCCACACUCAGGCUCGCCAACAAGCAAACGGGGCAACUGCCCAGGGUUCCAGAUGAACGAAACCUGGUUAUGCCGUAAAGCCCGCAAAGCAUCUUUAGGCUAUAUCUUCAUUUAAUGAUAAAAACCGUAGUUUUUGGCUUUUCUUUGCAUAUAGACGUUUGAUACAUUAAGAAUGACUGAAACAAUAAUUAGAGUAAUAAUUAAUAUGUAUUUGUUACUUUAUAGAUUUACUAGAUAUUUGUUGUUACUUCAUUAACGUUUUUACACUUAUACUGUGAGGAAAAAUGGCUGCUGCAAUGAUUUUGUCUGAUUUAUGAGCUCGUUGCUGUCCUAAUUUAGGAUCUUCUUUUUAAUAAAUACUUGAAAAUGUUAAAAAAAGAGAGAGAGAAAGGGGGCCUGGCAAGGAUGUUUGCCCCCAGGGCCUGUGCUGGCUCUCAACAUUCCUGCCCACACUAUUUAAAAACUUGUUCACGAACAGUUGGAAAUAUACUGAGUUUUUUCUUAAUUCAGCAUAUUACCUAGUAGCUCAGUGUAUUAGUAGAGAAAAUUGAAGCAUCCUUAGAUGAUAAUCACAAAAUUUAAACUCACUUUUGUUUUUAAUCCAACUGAGUUUUAGUGUACUCUUAAAGACAUCACCCAAUGCACAGAUCAUUAAAGUAGCCAUGAAAUUUAAACUAGACUAACCAAGACCUUAUAAAGAAAAAAAGUAGGCAUGAAAUUUAAACUAGAGAUUAACGAAGACCUUAUAAAAAAAAACAAAAAAAACUGAGUAUUGAAAUGAUUGGCUGAAAACAUAGCUUUAGGUUUUGGCAUGACAGUCCCUGCAAUAUUAAUGUGUUUUUAUUCAUAUUUAUUUUCAGAUUAAGUUUUUGUUUUACCUUUGAAAGUUUUUAGCCAAAUUUGGCACAUUUCAUUAUGUGGAUAAACAGAUGUUAAAGUAUACUUUCCAAUCCAUAAAAGCAGACAGAAUCUUAAUUAAUCUUUUUUUGAAAAUUCCAAGAUAUUUUAUAGGUAAGUGGAAUGGACCAUUAUAUGUAAACUAACAUUUUUUUAUCAUUUUAAUUGUUUAAUUUUCUGUUAGUCCAUGGUCAUGUUGUUUUUUAAAUGUAAAUCAGUUAUGAGUUGGAUAUUUAAACACAUAUAUAUAUAUAUAAAAAAGGUCCAUCCUUUUUAUGUAGCCAGACUGGGAAAAAUAAAGGUUGUUUGUAAAUCAAGGA